GUUGGGUGCCUCUUCGGCUGCCUCUGGGUCCCUCCUGGUUUCUUGGUCCUGGGCCGAUCCUCGUCCGUGGCUCAUGAUCUUCGUCCGUCCCCCAUAUCCUCCGCCGUCUCCGUAGGCCUCGUCACUGUGGGGAAAGUUCCAUCGCCGGCCAGCAUCAUCAACUGGGCGAUUCGCCGAUGGGUCCUCCCCGUUUCCAUCCUGCUUCACUCUUCUUUCCUUUCUUCUUUUUAUUCUCCUUCUUCCGUCGUUUUACGUCCUUUCCUGCUGCUUCUGCUGCUUCCUCCACCUGUUCGCUCCCCGCUCGCGUUAUCUUCCUGCUCGCCCUCUCGUCCCUCGGCUCUGCAGUGAACACGGCCGGUUGGACCGUGCGGCCCUCCAACAACUCUGGGGAUCUGUCGUGGACUGGUGGCCUCCGGUUCCUUUUGAAUAGCAGUCAGGUUCACUUGCCAACGUCCGUCCGUCUGGCCCCGUUGACCCAGGCUUUGGUGGAUCUCAAUCAGGCGGAACUUGCGCAAUAUCUGGUGUCCGGGACUUUGUUGGAUGUGGAUGCCACCAACUCUCUGUCAUUGAGCCGCAAGGAUAUUGCGGUGAUCAGUUGCGACCCAUCCGCCUAUCCCGGGAACUUGGAUGCCAGCUCCACGCUAGGCAACGUUCUCACCGCACAGCAGCAGGCUCUCGCUGUCAUCUUAUAUAGUGGCACCUCACUGCUCUGCAACUAUACGACGGAUGAACCAUCCGCCAACCGCUAUAUCAACGUCUUUACGCUCGUGAAUCCGACUUUGAAUCGGCAAGUCCAGUCUCAACUUGAAGCUCCAGGGAACGGAACGACGUAUAUCGGCACCAACAUGUCGUAUCUGGGGCCCACCACAACGACCCAGGACCAGACCGAUUCGUCCGGGAGUCCGAACACGGCGAUGAUCAUUCUGUAUAGUAUUACAGGCAUUAUCACUGCCCUCUUUUUAGCCAUUAUCAUCACCGGUGCGGUGCGUGCGCACCGCCAUCCGGAGCGCUAUGGGCCUCGGUAUACCGCGGGACGACCGCGACAAAGUCGAGCGCGAGGGAUAGCGCGAGCCAUGUUAGAUACGAUCCCGAUCGUCAAAUUCGGGGACAACAACCAACCCGACGGCAAGACGGUUGGCCCCAAGGGGGAUGUUGAGAUGGGUUCGGGGUUGGAGGUGCCGGCCAAUGAAGUAGAGGAACGAGAUGUGACCACGACAGCGGAGGUCACCUCCCCACACCAGCCACAGACGGAGGCGCCCCCGACUGAAUCGCAUGAAGAGAAACCCAGCGAUGCUCCUGCGGCGGAGACGACAACGGAUCACCCGAACUUCUCGUGCCCUAUUUGCACGGAUGACUUUGUUAAGGGGCAGGAUUUGCGCGUGCUGCCGUGUAACCAUCAAUUCCACCCCGAGUGUAUUGACCCGUGGCUGGUGAAUGUUUCUGGCACAUGCCCUCUCUGCCGCAUCGAUCUCAACCCCCCACAGCAAGAAGGCGAGGAGGAGCAAGAUCUGGGUGAUGGUCAGCCGGAGACGGCCGAGGGAACCGCCGAGGCAACGACUGAGAGUGGCCAUGGCCGCCACCGUCGCAUUAGCAACUACCUGCACGGUACAUUGAAUGCGCGCCGCAUGCGCGAUGCCAGCGUAGAAGAACGCCUUGCGGCGCUGCGGAGUGUGCGGGAAGAGGCCAACCGGGAGGAAGCAGCCGACGAAGCGGAUGAGCAGCGAAUGCGGCGACGCAGUCGACUGACGACGCGACUGCGCGAGAAGUUCCGGGUGCGCACGCGGGCGCAUGGAGAGGCGGUCGAAUCGUCAUCAUCGAAUGACGCACCGCCUGCCUGAUUUGCCUGAUUCUGCUCUGGAAUUGUUUUCCCCUUCUUCAUUUGCAUUACUUAUUUCUACGUGCAUGCUGGCGUGAUUCGGAGCAUUGAGUGUUCAUGUGCUAUAUUGAAGAUGCGAGAUGGGGAGGGUUAUGUAUGAAGCCGAUGGGAUGGAUAUAUAUGACCGGCCUGGCUGCCGGCGACUCCCCCUUCUGGUUUCUGUGACCUGGGAUAUAUGGGUUUAUGAUUUACAUGAUUGAUUGGAUUGAUGAUGGGGACACUAUCACAUCAUGAUGUUUGUUUAUAUGGCGAUAUUGGCGAAACAUGGCGUUUAGAAGUGAUAAGGUGAAUUUUGCACCGGGGGGAAAAUUGUGUAUAUAGGACCGAUGGUUUUACCUGGAAAUGACCAGUGAACAGGCA